GCUCCGCAGCAGAGCGCAGCGCAGAAUCGUGAUUGUGCGUAAACUACGUCAAAUCCGCACGGAAGAAGCAGAAUGCUGCACCGACUGGAGCUGCCUUGUCUUCAUCUUUUGUUUGGGGUUUCAGCUGACUCUGUUAUGUUUCUGCCUGCGUCGCUUUAUGCCUGAAUCCUUUGGAUAUCAGAUGCGUGAUGAAGGCUACAGGGAGGAUUUAGAGAUAUGCUGCGUUGCUCAUUUUCAUCCUUCGCUCGAUCGGGUUUCACUGGAUUGGCCGAGGCAGAUGCCAUUCAAUACACUGUUCCUGCCUGCGUGGUAUAAACAGCAUGGACAUCGCACAUUCCAGAGGCUCUAAAAAUAUCUAUUAAGGCCACAGGAGGGGGAGGACUGGUGUAGGGGGGGUUUAUCCUGGGACGUCUCACUGUCGUGGUGAACUCGCACCACUUGAAUUAUCUUUUCCGGAGAUUGACAAUCGGUUAUUGUAGCCACAGAGGAGAACUUGGCCCUAUCCAAACAUGCCCUCGAGUUACAACGUGAGAUCCAGGGCGAGGGAGAGGAACAGCGUCCUGAGUAGACCUGAGUUCAUGUCCCUCAACCAUCAGCCCCUCCGCGGCGGCAGCAGCACCGGCGGCGGCGGCGGCGGCGGCGGCGGCGGAGGCUCCUCUGAGAGCCGAAGCAGCUCAAGACGACCGGGUCAAAUCAAGCACCAAACAAGCCAGCAGAGCGAGGAACCUACCGACAGUGGCAGCAAGGACAGGAGAGAGUCCAACAAGAUGCCAGAGGAAGACUGCAUGCAGCUCAACCCUUCUUUCAAGGGAAUUGCAAUGAACUCCCUCCUCGCCAUUGACAUCUGCCUGUCCAAGCGCAUGGGGGUGUGCGCCUACACGUCCUCCUCAUGGGGAGGCUGCCGGUCCAUGGUCGCUCUGCUGGCGCUCACAGGCCACGGCAUCACGUGGAUCAUUGGCACUAUCGUGUGUCUCACACGGAGCAACACUCUGGCUGGACAAGAGGUCCUAGUCAACCUGCUGCUCGCCCUCAUCCUUGAUGUCAUGACCGUGGCCGGAGUCCAGAGGCUGGUGAAGCGGAGAGGACCCUGGGAGAUGACGCCGGGCUUCCUGGACUGCGUCGCCAUGGACACCUACUCCUUCCCCGCCGCUCACGCCAGCCGGGCCGCCAUGGUCUCCAAGUUCCUGCUGUCCCACCUGGUCCUGGCGGUGCCGCUCCGCAUCCUGCUGGUGCUGUGGGCCUUCCUGGUGGGCAUGUCCCGGGUGCUGCUGGGGAAACACCACCUCACAGAUAUGGUGUGUGGGUUCGCGCUCGGCAUGCUUCACUUUAGCCUCAUGGAGUCCGUGUGGCUCUCGUCAAGCACCUGCCAGACUCUUAUUUCCAUAAGCACGCUCAGCUGGAGCCCCUUUUUCUGAGUUUUUGAUAUGCUAGCACCCAAGGCUUGUUUGAUACUCUCACCUUGCACUAUUGAGGACUUAGGUAGUUAUUUUUGCAAGGGUCAGACGUUUUUAUUGCAGGCUGCCUACAAAGAAGCAGUAACAUUUGGAUGCAGAUGCUGACUUGCAUGUAAAACCCAAAACAGGCAGGUCACAGAACCCUACAAGACCUUCAUAAAGCUUCUCAGAUUCUCCUGUUACACACCUUUACUGCUUCUUAGUUUCAAUUAAACACUAAAAAUAAAGAAAAAAAUAAAGGGAACUGCAAACUAUUUACAAAUUUUCCUGAAAUUAUACACAGAAGGUUAUGGUUUGAGAUUUUUUAAAAUGUUUUUGAAAAAGCAGGUACCAUUUAUCCAUGAUUUAACCUCUCUAACUUUCUCUUACUUCCUUUUCUUUACUUUCAUCCUUUAAGAUGGUGAAAUACUGAAACCAUGUUGAACACUGAAGGAGUUUGGUGUUAGGCUGUAGUAUUGGGUGUAGUAUUAAAAAAUAUAUAAAGCUAUUGCUGUUUGGAUAUCGUUCCUGAUUGGCAUGACUAUUAUACUUAUAUAUUUCUGGAAUUCUCUUUCUUUUAUUGUAUGUUUAUUACAUGUGAACUUACUUUCAGUGCAGCUGACUUCAGCUGUUUGUACACAUUUGCAUAGGAUUUUUCUUACGUUGUCAAGUAUAUUUCCUUCAAUGUGCCAUUUGUGAUUUUAUGAGUUUAAAUCCUUUUUUUUUUUUUAUAGCUGAUAUUUCUCUUCAGCUCUUUCAUUCGAGGCUCGUCAGGUCUGCACAUUAGCCUAACAGCCGUUUAUGGUUUGCCAAUGACACCGAUUCUGUGCCCCACUAAACAACUGAAGCGUGUCUGUGUGUGUGUGUGUGUGUGUGUGUGUGUGUGUGUGUGUGUGUGUGUGUGUACGUGUGUGUGUGUGCAUGUGUACGUGUGUGUGCGCACGUCACCGCACAGCAAAAAUAUCUGUUUGAAAUAUCAGUUGUCAGGCCUUUUUUUUCCGAAUGUGUUUUUUAUAGAAAUUUGAAAUGAAACCUGCUGGGUUUCUUUGGCAAAAAUAUUUCUGUGCGCUGGUUUGGUACAGUUAAAUAUAGUUUUGUGGAUAUUAGUUAGUUUUGUUGUGUACAGGGAUCUGUAUAUGAUGUUUUUACUUUGUUGUUCCAUCUCAUUAAUAAAACGAGGUGGACAGUCAGGAAAA